CUGCAUACCGGUCUUCUUUAAACGGUGUCGUGUUGAAGAACCCUCAGAACUCUGUUUUUGUUCAUCUCCUCCGUCCCCUCCUAGAACUGAAUCUCUCUUUUCAAAUUCAAUAAAAAAAAACGAGGAUACGUCUAUCAGAUAUUCACAAUGGAUAAUCCGACUCAAGAGGUGAUGGAUAAGCCAGCACAUAUAUUGGCGAAGCAGCACAUUGAGACGCGUUUUGUGAAGAUCCAAGCUGAGAAGAGUCCGUUCUUGGCUGAGAAGCUCAAGAUUGUGGUUCUUCCCACUCUCGCACUCAUUAAGAACACUAAAGUUGAUGAUUAUGUGGUUGGGUUUAAUGAGCUGGGAGGGAGAGACGAUUUCAGCACGGAGGAUCUAGAAGAGAGAUUAGCUAGAGCUCAAGUUAUCCAUUACGAGGGUGAAUCAUCAUCUCAUAAGGUAAAGUCUAUGACACAAGCCAGGAGGAGUGUAAGGCAGAGUGCUAAUUCAGAUUCUGACUCUGAAUGAAUCCCAAGUUUUAACAAUAUAUAUAAAGGAGGAAACAUAAAAUGUAAGUGAGCUUGUUGUUGAGUUUUUAUUGAACUAAUUA